AUGGAAGAGCAGGAGCUGAUACGAGCCGUGCGAGCGUGUAAGACGCAGGCGGAGGAAAGAGACGCGAUAGCCAAGGAGUGCGCGGCGAUCAGAACAGCUUUCAAGGACGAGGACAACCCCUACAGGCAUAGGAAUGUCGCGAAGCUGCUGUUCAUCCACAUGCUGGGAUACCCGACCCACUUCGGACAGAUGGAAUGCCUGAAACUGAUCGCAAGCCCGCGAUUCCCCGAGAAGAGAAUAGGGUACCUGGGACUGAUGCUGCUCUUGGACGAGGACACGGAAGUGCUGAUGCUCGUGACAAACUCGUUGAAGAACGACCUUGGCCAUGCCAACCAAUUCGUCAUCGGUCAAGCCCUCUGUGCCAUCGGCGACAUCGGAAGCGUUGACAUGUCGCUGCCGCGACCUUGCGGGGGAGGUAGAGAAGCUUCUGUCCUCCCCGAAUGCCUACGUCAGGAAGAAUGUCCCGACAUGAUCGAGAACUACAUCGAUCGCAUCUCAAGUCUUCUAUCCGACCGCAACCACGGCGUUCUCAUUGGAACUCUCUCGCUCCUCAUUGAGCUUGCAGAAACCGAGCCUUCCCUGAUCCCGUCGUUCCGGAGUCUCUCACAGCAGCUGCUUAAGAUGCUCAAGAAUCUCGUGCUCUCCGGCUAUGCACCAGAACAUGACGUAUGCGGAAUCACGGACCCAUUCUUGCAGGUCAAGAUUCUCCGCGCACUCAGGAUGUUGGCGAAAGGCGACAAAGAAGUUUCAGACUCGAUCUCAGACAUUCUCGCUCAGGUUGCGACCAACACGGAGUCUGCCAAGAAUGCAGGAAACGCGAUAUUGUACGAGUGUGUGUUGACCAUCGUUGGGAUCGAAGCAGACAGCGGACUGCGAGUUCUCGCUGUAAACAUUCUUGGUCGCUUUCUUCUCAAUCGGGACAACAAUAUCCGAUACGUCGGUCUGAAUACUUUGGCACUCGUUGCCUCGGGUGACAUCAAAGCGAUCCAGAGGCAUAGGGGAACUGUAGUAGAAUGUCUGAAAGAUCCAGACAUCUCGAUCAGGAGACGAGCGUUGGAUCUAGUCUACCUUCUAGUCAACGAAAGUAACGUCCGGCCGUUGAUCAAGGAGUUGCUGGUCUACUUGUCAAACUCAGACGUUGAAUUCAAGGAAGACUUGACAUCGAAGAUCUGCAGCGUUGUUACCAAGCAUGCUUCCUCAAAAUUAUUUCAGACAGAUACAAUCAUCAAGGUCUUGACAGAGGCAGGAGAAUACGUCAAUGAUCAGGUCACCGCUCUCCUCCCAGUCCUCAUAUCCUCCGACAGCAUCCUUCAGUCCUUCGCCGCACAUUCGCUCUUCCGUGCGCUAGAGAAGGACAACAGCAAGAGCAAACUCACUUGCAUUGCCGCGUGGACCUGCGGCGAGUACGGAGAGCUCCUCUCCUCGUCCUGUAGGAUCGACGAGACCGACACUGUCCUUGAGGCUGUUCCAUCCGACCGAGUGAUUUCGACCCUCGUGCAAACCUUGGACUCGAGCUUGCAGACGGUUACAGUCAAGCAAUAUAUCCUCACAGCACUUGUAAAGUUGUACAGCCGUUAUGCACCGAUGAGGAUGACGAUUCGAUCUGCUCUCGAGAAGCAUUCCUCAAGCAUUUUUGUCGAAUUGCAGCAACGAGCCGUUGAGUACAGUCUGCUCGCACAGAUGGAGCCAUCGCUGGUUAAGGAGCUUAUGGAUCACAUGCCUACACCCGACGACGAGGCUGUCACGAACAACGAGGUUCAGACCCCCUCAACCAGCAGGCAGACGACCGGUAGACCCGCAGCUGCUCCUGCCCCCUCUGCUGUCGACGACCUCCUCGACCUCCUCGGCGACCUCCCCGCCAACCCCAACGGCAACCAGGCCCCUCCCCCAGCUGCCGCAAACUCCCAGCAGUCUCUGGUGGACCUGAUGGGUGACAUCUUCGGCCCUCCCCCUACUGAGGCUCCAGCUCAGCCAAGUCUCAGCAUGUCGGACGCGCCGCUGCCGGGCCUCCAGCCCCAGCAGGACUUGCUCGGAGGACUCAUGACGGGAGGAGGAGGAGGAGGAGGAGGAGCACCAGCUGCAGCAGCUGCUGCAGGAGAUGGGGGGAUGAGCAUCGUGGCGUACAACAAGAACGGGAUUCAGAUUCAGUUUGACAUGAGCAAGCAUCCAUCGAACCCCCAGCUGACUCAAGUCAACGCCACCUACACCAACAACAACCCGUUCCCCGUCAGCUCUUUUGUCUUUCAAGCUGCAGUACCCAAGCACGCGAAGCUGCAGGUAAACCCUCCGUCAGCCUCCGUCAUACCCGCCAACGGUAGUGGAAGCGUCACACAGGUCUUCCGGUUGUCGAACCCAAUGUACGCAGAGAAGCGCAUGGUGAUGAAGAUUAAGGGUGUUCAGAGUUGUUGA